GUAGAAUUUUUAUAAAAUUUUUCUAAUCCUAAUAUUUUAAUAAAUUGCAGACUUAAUUGAAAAAUAGUUAAUUAAAGCCAAACAUAAUUAUUAUAACAGUUAUAUUAAGUGUUAGCUAGUCGGGUUUUUUUAAUAUUUAAUAAUUGCCUUCUUCCAGUACUGUGUAUUUAAACAUAUCAAAGAAAAAAAGACUUAUAAAAUUUGCAAAACAAAACUUCAAUGUAAAUAAAAAUAUUUUUUUUUUAUCCUGAGAUGAAUUUUUGAGUGGUGAAAAGGAUUAAAAAGCUAUGAGAAAAUAUCAGCAACUAUUUUUAAUAUUUAUAACAGUAGCUAGUUUGGCUAUACUUUUUGUUUAUAAAAGUGAAAAUAGUAGAUUAAAAUAUGUUUUACAUUAUGUUAAUUUUUUUGGUCGAAGUGAUGCAGCUUUAUUGUCACGAAUAAAUAAUACGAAAAUUAUGCAGGCUUCUUACUAUUAUAGCCCAUUACCAUUAUGGCAGAGAAUCGGAAUAAAUUUUUAUGCAUAUUCUAGUUUUUGGAAUAAAAAAAGUUUAGUUGCUGGUGGUGAAGCUAUUUCAAUUGUCACCGGUUUUAAGGAUGCCUUUAUUAAUUUUCAAUGUUCAUUAAAAUAUGAAAAUGAUAAAGUUAUAAUGGGAAAAUUUAUGUUUAUUAAUUUGGCUAAUGAUAUUGAUUUGAAAGAAGAUGUUAAACCUGGUGCAGAAAUAUUUUCAGUAUACAAAUUUAUUUGUAAAAUUACUAGAGAUUUUGGACAACCUGAUAAAGUAAUUUUUACAGAAAUUAAAACUAAAGCAAAACAUGAAAUUACAUUAAAACAUAUUCGAAAUAAUUUAUUACAAGAUAACGUUUCAACUAGUAUUUGUUUAAAUCUCAUACCAUACAACGAAAGCAUUUCUAGUAUUUUACCUUUAUUUACAAAUAGAGAUAAUUUUAUGCAAUUUUUUAUCUUACAUCAAGCUAUUGGAAUUGAAAAUUUUUUCAUUUAUAAUGCCGAUAUUAUUCCAGAGAAUGUAAGACAACUUCUAUCAAAAACAUCUUUAAAUAUCAAUUAUUUUCCAUAUAAUUUUCCAUUUGAUUAUCAUUCAAGAAAAACAUUGAAAAUUUUGGAAAGUGAUUGCUUAAUGAGAUCAAUGCAUUUAUCAAAAUAUGUUUUAAUAUUAGAGCCAAAUGAAUUUUUUUAUCCAAAUUUCAAUGUACGUUUCAGAGGUUCAGUAAUUAAAGAUUUAGAUCAUUAUGAUACAAUGUAUGAUCGAUUUGAAUUACCAUCGUUUUCUGUUUGUAUGGAAGAUAAUAAAAAAAUUUUAAUGGAUAAUAAUAUGUAUAAUCCUGAAGCAAAAAUUCAUCAUAAAUUUUAUGUUUAUAAGCCUACAUUAAGAAAUGAAGAGACAAAAAGUAUUGCAUUGACUGUAUCUCAAGGAUUCAUUCAUCGUUAUAUAAAUUGUUUCAACAUUACUGAUCAGUUAUAUGAUUGGAGAAAUUCUAUAAGAAAUGAUUUUAUGCAUUAUUUGCAGACUGUGCGAAAUGAAAUUAGCUUUUUAUUUUAAAUUGAUAUUUAUAAUUUAUUUUUUUUUUUAUAAAUAUUUAGAAUUUUUAAUGUAAAUUUAGCUUAAAAAUAAUAAUAAAAAAUAAGCAAAAAGAUCAAUAA